AUGAAUGAUACCCUUCGCACACGGCCUGACGUUGUGCAGACCUCGUCCAAGAUUCCGCAUGACAAUGACGGCACGUAUCGGCAAAAUUCUGCUAGACGAUUGAGAUUUCAAUUGUGGUCAAGAGUCAAGCAAUAUGCCCCUUUUGGCACAACAGGAAAAUCCCGUGCCCGCCAACUGGCUGCCAGUCAAGCAAGCCCUUGUCUGCCAGAGAUUAGUACCAAACAUUCUGACAAAGUCACGAUUACUUCUGAAAAACAUGAACAACUGGGUACAUCGCGAUGCAAUGCCAGUAUACCAGACGGCAGAUCCAGGUUCAUCAACACCGUGAAAUCAAAUCCUACGGACUCGCUUCCAGCGCCUUCUCCCAAUAGUGAAAAAUCAAAAAUUAUUUCGACUGCUAAAUCGCCAACCAACCCUUUCAACGCUGCCAUACUUCACCCGGUUUCUGGGCCCCUUAUUCUUCCCUCACAAGCAAAAGUUGCGUCGGUGCAGCUGUCACCUCCGACUAGCAAAUGUCAAGACGCACUUCCCAAGACUACAAAGACAGAUACGGAGGGCUCAAUUCACCCAGUUGAAUUAUUCGCCGUCAGCGCGGAGCCUGAAACAACAAGUCCCCCUCCGGUGCCCCCAAAGUCACCACGAACGAUGGAUCGCUCUCCAAAGCUUCAGCAAGAACAAUGUACGUUUAUCUCGCCAUGGAGAGAUCUCCCAACUUCGAAUCACGGAAGAUACGUCGCAUCCGACCCGCUCGGCACAAAACCUCCAUACAUGAGCCAAGCCGUACAUCAUUGCAACGGCCCAUAUAGGUUCCACAGUGGAGGAGCUCUGCUGGGCCGACGAUUCCCAAGUGAACACAACUCACCAAGCAAUCGCGAAGGCCAACGCCAUACCAAAGCUGAAGAUGCAUCACCGGAGGUAAGAUCUGCGUAUACACUUCCUGGGACACCGCAACGAAUCCGUGGCAUACAUGUAAGGUAUCAAUCCGACACAUCCGUCAUGCAACGGGGCAGAUCAACACGGACGAAUGGCACAACUAGUAGGAAUCCAAACAAGGGAUAUUUCUCGACAGAACGCCGAGCAUGCUUCAUGCUCCCUCUCGCAGUUGCUCCAUCAGGUGCUAGCCCGGUCUUUUCGCCAAAUGAGAUAGAAUGUCUGCACCCCUACGCUAAGCAUCAGGCUGAGGCAUUCAAAGCAUUAAACUGUGGUGAAGUUAGGGCACUUUCUCUGGAACUCCGGGUACUUGAGGAGCGCUGCAAACAGAUUCGCCGUAUUUACAAUUCACUCGAAUUCGAGCUCCGUGGUCUGCAGGAACGUACAACUCGGCUCCUCGGGUCCCAAAGCACGGACUUUGCUGAGUGCAGGAAAAACGUGUUGAUCCGAACAAAAGCUAUGGCAGAUCUUAACGUGUCCAUGAAAGGUUGGGCCAGCAAGUUAGAGCAGGCUACAGACCAGCAAGUCUAUCUCCGUCAAAAGCUUGCAAGACAUGUGGCGGCGACUUCGCUCCGCGACACGACCAACCCGGGGCUUGGACUAUCGGACGAGCCAGAUCAUGGAACAAACCCGGUAAUGACGUCGAAUCUUGUGGAUACGAGCCGCAGAAAGACAGAAUCCAUUAAGGUCUACGCAGACUUGAACGUCUUCGAAGAAAUUGCCACUUUGGCGGAACCCGAAAGGCAGAUGGAGCUUACGGGUUUCCCCACAAAGGAGACCUCUCGUCACGGUAUUCUUCCAUUCUGA